UCACAAUUGCAUGGAUGGUAGUCAGGUCUCAACAGGCAGUAUUUGUACAGUUUCGGUUGGUAGUGCUGUAUAUUUAGGUAGAGAUGGUAAGUUAUAUGAUUCGAUAUUGGCCACAAACAAAGUUAUAGCAAGUAGAUCAUCCGAUGAGCUUAGUAAGUUACUACCAAAAACAAAUUCGUGUACUGAUAUAGUGAGAUCUAUGUCUACCGAUGAUUCACUGAUUAAGAAAAGAAUCUCUAUGAGGAAGCGUUUCUUAAAGUUCAAAGAACGGGCCAUCACUCUUAAGUUUAAAGCAUUUCAGUAUUCUUGGAAGGAAUCUCUCCGCUUGCUCUCCGUAAGAUCCGGUGCAAAGUCGCAAAAGAAGUUUGAAUCGAGCUCUCGCUUGGGAUAUAUCGAUUCUCAAAAGCACCGUAUAUCUAACCAUUCUCGUUCAUCUACUCCUGGUGGAUGUUUGCGUCUGGUUCCAACGAAAGAGGUAGUUGAGUAUGUGAACAAGCUGCUUUUAGAUUCACGUGUCAAGACCUACAGGAACAUACAGAAGAUGCUGACGUUUAUAUUAGACAAGAGGGAACGAAUGGGCUCUAGGUUUAUUUCGGAUAAUGGAUUAGUGGAGGACCCUAUUGAUGUUGAAAAGCAAAGGGCCGUUGUCAAUCUAUGGACCGAAGAAGAUAGACAAAUGUUCUUAGAUAAUUAUGCUUUGUUUGGCAAAAACUUCAAAAAUAUUGCAUCUUUUUUUCAACACAAAACAGUUGCUGACUGUGUUGAGUUCUAUUACAAGAAUCACAAGUCUAAGAGUUUCCAACAAACAAAGAAGAAUUCAAAAUUUGCGAAAGGGAAUUCGUGUGAUGUUAAUACUAACAGUACGUAUUUGGUGACUCAUGGGAAAAGACCAAAUCGGGAAACGAGGGCCACUUCUCUCGACAUGCUCGGUGCUGCUUCAGCAAUGGUUGCUAAUGUGAAUGAACGGUCGAAUGAUUUUACUAUCUAUUGUAACGAGCAGGAAACCGUUGCAGCCGAUGUGUUGGCUGGGAUUUGCGGGUCGAUAUCAUCAGAAGCUUUGGGUUCUUGCAUUACCAGUUCAGUUGACCACCCGAAAUUGGGUCGUUCUUCGCUAAACGAUGUUGACGAGGAGACUUGUUCGGAUGACAGUUGUGGGGAAGAUACGAAUGUUGGAGUUGAACCUACGGCAUCUGAAGGUUUUAGUUUUCGAAUCCAAUUCAGAUGUUUAUGCUAUGAUUUCAAUUUAUGA